AGCGACAGUUGAGAUCGAACCGCCAACGAAAACGAAACGACCGCCAGAAUGAAGUUCCUCUGCAGUGUGCUAAUCCUCGCCAGCGUUCUCCUGGCCACCAACGCCAAGCCCGGUGUCCAGCUGCAGCUGCAGAGCGCCCUGGAUCAGUACAUGGCGCACGCCCGCAACCUGGACGCCGUCGUCUCCGCGGAUGUGACCACCCAGUGCUUCGACCUCUACCUGCCCAUGCUGAACGAGGUGGCCGCCACCUUCUCCUCCUCCUACCAGGACUGCAUCAGCACCGCCAAUGCCGAGACCGCCAACCUGACCGCCCAGGCUGACAAGCAGCAGAAGGUCUACCAGUCGGAGGUCACCAGCUUGUGCAGCGCCUUCACCGCCUGCAACAGCGACAACGACACCGCCACCUUCUUCAACUGCUACGCCACUGCGGCUGAGAGCGACGUUUCCGUGAUCUACGACAUUGCCACCAACGCCGCCAGCUCGGCCAGCACUUUGACCCUGGGCAUCCAGGCCAUCCAGGCCACCGAGUACCAGUGCACCAACACCACGGAGAGCAACUACGUCCGCGACACCGCCGCCACCUACGACCUGCUGGACAGCUGCCUGAAGUACGGAGUGCCCACCACCUCCACCGCCGCCCCCUCCUCCACUAGCCCCGUUGCUAGUUCGAGCGGGGCUGCUGUCUUUAGUGACACCACUGAUGCUGCUUCGACUACCGCCGUGAGCACCGACGCCCCCGGCACCACUCCCGAGACCACCACCGCCGAUCCUGGAAGCUCAGUGGCUUCCUCUUAGGCCACCAAUUGAAUCGCAUGCAAUCGCAAGCAAUAAAUGAGCAUUUGAAAAAUA